CUGAAGGACCAGACCCCGAGACGGGGACAGCUGGUCUACGCGCUGCAACACAGAAGCUGUGGCCUGCGUGACAUAUACUCCGACCCCUGGUGUGAUUCAGUCCCCCAGUCAGUCAGUCUUAUCAGCAGCCAAGCAGCAUGGCGUUAACAACACUCUGCGCCGUCGUUGCCGCUCUGAGAGUCCUUCCCAACAGAUCCCAGUUCUUCCAGUACGAGUCUGUCUCUCUGAGCUGUGGGCAGCAGGGAAACCCUUCUGAGUGGAGAGUUAACAGGAACACAUCCGUACACAGUAACGAAGAGUGUUUCUCAUCCUGGGAUAGAAUCGAUGCAUCCCACUGCUCCAUCGAUGCCCUUUACCCAUCAGACACCGGAGUGUACUGGUGUGAGUCUGCAGCAGGAGAGUGCAGCGAGGCCGCCAGCAUCACCGUGACCGCUGGCUCUGUGAUCCUGGAGAGUCCGGUGCUUCCUGUGACGGCGGGAGACGAUGUGACUCUGCGCUGCAGAAACAGGAUGACCUCCUCCUCCAACCUCACUACCGAUUUCUAUAAAGAUGGGUUUCUCAUCAGGAGCAGCUCUACAGGAAACCUGACCAUCCACAGUGUUUCUAAAUCUGAUGAAGGACUCUACAAGUGCAGCGUCCCUGGAGCUGGAGAAUCACCAGACAGCCGGCUGACCGUCAGAGCAGGACGCCCUGAGCUGCCUAAAUUCAAACGCAUUCUACUUCCUGUGGUGGUCGCCUGCCUCUUGCUGGUUUCAGUACUGCUGCUCUGCCUCUGGAGAAGCCAUAAAGGUCGAGUCGACGCUGAUGUCUCGUACACUGAUGUCAUCAUCACACAGGAAGUGCAACCCAACAGGAUCAGAGACGUGGAUGCUACACAGACCUUCUACUCUACAGUGAAACUGGGAAACACCUGACUGGAAACCACGGCACCGGUGCUGAUAUUUUUAUUUUUAAUGCAUGAAACAGAAGAAAUCUUCCAUGUGCUUUCAUGGGAAACAGAAACUCUCUGUUUCAUUGUCUAAAUAUAAUGAAGCAGAGCGUUCAGUGUCUGUUUUAGCAGUUUCCCCCACACUAACUUAUGGGCUUGUGAUGAAACUACAACCUGAAUAAAUCCCAUGAAAGCAGACACUGUGCCCCCAUGUUUACAUUGUCCUGACCUAUUUGUGGAAGGUGUUUCCAGGCUGGCCCUGAGUUUCUGUACGGAUAUUAAAAUGAAAUGUUUUCAGUAUCGUCCUUUCCUCGGGAACUAUAAUCUCCGAUGCUUCAUUGUGUCACGUUGACUGAAGACAAACAGAACUUAAGAAGUCUAUUUGGAUUUAAAUCAGUAAAUAUUUAAGCCAACAAGACUGAGAGUCUGAGCAAGCUCUUGGUACCUAUUUCAAUACUUUGAGUACAUUGGCAUAUUAUGUUAUGGCUAACAUGUUAGCAAAGCUAAUUUAUAUACCCAGCAGACACAGAGCAACGUUAGCAUCUCACUGGAGGCCGUCACUCCGAGUUACACAUUUACAGGACAUGUCGUCACUUGAUAAAUUUAUAUUAACAUUUACACUUACAGUUGCUGCUUUAACAUGACUUUGAAUCACUGAGUGGAGAGGAAAAACCGUAGCUUGACAUCAGAUAUAUUUUGGAAUCCAAACAAAGUACGUAAUGUGUUUUUUUUAGCUGACUGUUGUAGCUGCUAUUUAUAGCUGAUGAAACAGGAGUUUCCUCAUUCCACUUCACUUUGUCAGCCACAGGGAACUCCCUCCUGUUAUGUCUUUCUGACAUGGCUUUCACACAGACACUGAGCAAGCAGCGACGCGAUGAGUCAUUGGUUAAAAGACGUAUUUACAUUUAAAUAAAAACGGAGCUAUGUCAUAGUUUUAAACAUCUAGGUGAACAUUUCACUGACUAUAUUUCAGCUUGUAUUUAGGACCUGCUGCACAGUGAACUAUAGUCAUUUAAGGGCUGUUUAAGGGUUUUAUGUAACACAGAAAAAAGUCCAAAAACCUUUAAUCCAGAUGUGCAGACAUCCUGUGACCCGCACGUCACCAAACCAACAACCCUUCUCAAAUGUUAAACUUGCUGCUGUGGCUUUGACUUGUGAUUUUCAAAUGUGACACCAUCAUGCCAGCACACUGAAGAAAGGGGCUUACAGCUGCCCCCCAAAAACCCCUUAAAGCUGUUUACCAGAAACUGACUCAUCGAAUACAAUAAACAGAGAACGGACACUCGGGGAAAUAACAGUAAAUAAUCACGUUUCCCUCAGUGGCGUCAUCACCGGGAAGAACACUGUAGCUUCUUUGUAAAGAUCACAUCAAUAAAGGUUUUGUUGUCAACA